GCCGGCAGCGAUACGCACGAGAAUACAAUCAGCAACGAGACAGCGGAAAAUCGCGUGAACUUUUCCGGACACGCUCGGAAUCGGACUGUCGAAGGGGAAGCCGGACAUGAUUCUCAUCUGGGACGCACUUAUAUGACAAGCGAUGACGUUUCGCUGAUUGCAGACGAUGACCAUUCUACACUCUUGCUGCUGCUGGAGGUCAGUUAGAAAGGGCAGCUACGCUUGUGGAGUAUACACGGGGGUUUACUAUACGGUGAACGCGUUGCAGUCGUCUUUUCUUCUCCACGAGGAACUGUCGUAUUUGAAGAACGUUUCGAAUCAGUCGCUGAUAGAUCACGACAUCACUUCAGAAACCUCGCUGGUGUUUUCCGCCCUCAUAUUCGCUUUCUCGUCGUGCGGGAUCAUAACGGCCCUUUUGCUUUUCUACGGUUUAUACAAGGAUUUGAAAAUAUUACUGAUGCCUUGGAUUUUUAACAUGGUAUUUUUCACCAUGGUCGACGUCAUGUACAUCAUCUACGGGCUCGUAGUUCAUGCUCUCCAGUGGAAUCCAUCCGUAGCCAUCCUAAUAACCAUAGACUUUUUUCUAAACACCUUAAACCUGUAUGCCUUACUAUGUGUGAUAUCUCAAUACCAGGAAUACAAAGCCGGUAGAGGGAGAGCAAUUGACGAAGAUAGUAUACGCGUACCAAACGUGCAAUAUAGCUCCCAACCGACCGCGACCACCUACUUAAGCUCCAAGAAAGCCAUAACGUGUAUGGAGACCAGACCAACGCCGACGCACAGCCCUACCGAGAGCGGAAUUAAGCAGGAAAUGCCCCCUAUCAACCGAGGUCCAAGGAAAUCGGUCAAGUUCGACAGAUCCGAGUUGAGCAUGAUUCAAGAACCGGCGUGGCUAGACGGCAAAUCGGCGUCACCGGUUAAAGGGGCGGACACGGCACCCCUGAUAGGAUCUCGGGUCGAGGCUAACAAUCUCGUCGUUUCGUAAUGUUCGCCCGAUUUCGAUGUAAUUACAAGUGCUUUAACGAUGUAAAUAAUGCCCGUGAAACUGGUCAUAAGCGCAGAUAUUGUAUAUUACUGUAAAUUGUUGGUGUGAAUAACUUUUUUAUCCAUCGAAACUGUAAACAUUUUCGUGACGUUCGUAUAAUGUAAACAGUACAAAAUUUUGUAAAAAUUGUCAAUUAACGAUCGACAAAGUUUUAACCGAACAGAAUGUUUUUGUAGACGAGGGGACCAAAAUAUACAAGCUAUAUUUCCGGUUCCCGUUAAACGAGAGCCCUGUAUAUAAAAACAUCCUGUUUUAUAUCAGCGACGUUGCUUUGGAUGCAUAUAAUAAUAAUAAUAACCUUAUACAUCUAACCCAACUUCAAUUUAUUCGAUAUUGUUUACAUAAAAGUUUGUAUUUUAACACGAAUGUUACAUAAAAUAUGGGUUAAUUUGUUGUUAUGUGGA